AUUAGAGGUGUUACACCCAUGCCUUGGAGCCUUGUCGGUCCUACUCACAACGUCAUCUCAUCGUUAUGACCGUUGUCCUUUAUUGUGAUCGUUACGCCGGUCACACACGGUCAAGUAUAAUGUCGAGUCUGCAGCGCGCUCUGCAAUGUAGGCAGUAAAAACCCUAUCGAAAUAAUGUUCUGGGUUACGGUGAAAUUGCUGAGAAUACAGCGUUCAAACUUUGUUUACUAAUAUGAUAAGAUAUGACCCUGAUGUGAUUUGUUAUUCCCCGAGUACCUACAGAGCGGGAUUCUAACAAUCUGUUAAACAAGAAGUAGGUAUGUAGGUACCUUUAUUUUGUUGUGUUUGUGUGUUGUACUUGUCUGUCACGCUUAUCUUGAAGUAUUAUUCAACUUCAAGUAAAACUUCUUUACGCACGCUCGAUUUUGGGACUAAGCUGAUGAAUGCAUGACUCGUUACGAAAAGUGUAAUCAGACGAGCCGAAUGGACGUUGAGAGGGAGAUAUAGAAUAGCGAUGAUAGAAAGAGAGACGUUUCGUUCACGAUUUCGUUUCUGUAGGAGCAAAGAAGAGAGAACUUUUACUUCAGUUGUGUGGUCUACUCUUACCUAUCCUAUCACUCGUAUUUUUUGUACUGGUUUACAGGUCUAGUCUGUGAUGAUUUUCAUCAUUUUAUAAAACCUGAAUGUUUGCACUACCUCCCAAAGUAGGUAGAUAAUUAGGUAAUAUGGUAGGCAACUAUGGAGUUUGCAUCAUGGUUGUUUUUGGAAGUUGAAGGUUUCAAAGACCCUCAAUCGUCUAAGUUGAAAGAGCAAUUUUACUUAUGUUUUCUUCGGGAUAAUAUGCAAAUAAAGUCGUUAGUCAUCUUCAUGUCAUACUCUGAUGACGUAUCUUCCAAGUACCUACCACUUCUCGAAAGAAUAGGUAGUGCUCUUAUCAAGAAUCUACCGAGUAAUCGAUCUUCACGAUUUUGUGAUAACUGAAACGUAAAGCAACAUUAGGUAGGUACAAUAGGUAAACUACUUAGGUACCUAUAUAUACUAUAUAGGUACCUACCUACUUUUACUUAUAAUAGUGACCGGUAUCUUUAUCAGCGCUGCGUAACCUCAUAAUGAGCUAAGAUAUUUAUUUACUUAUAACACUGUUUAAUUAUUAUUAUGAAGCCGCAAACAACUCCUACUUAUUGUAAUUUUGCUCGACUCUCAAAACAGUUCGCGCGCAAUAUUAUCAACGACUUAUUGUGUCGUUAUUUUUUUCUUUUAAAUUCAAAAUGAGAUAUUUGUUACUUCUGAGUUUGGUUGCAGCGGUAGUUUUGUCAACAUGUUUGGCUCACGAUCUAACGGUGGGCACGAGUUACAACACUCGACUAAUUUUCCAACAAAAAGCUAAUUAUAUGGCAAUUCCAUUUAAGAAGAGAGUGAAGGAAGUUUUCUUCUCAGAUCCGGGUCUGCAGACAAUCAAGGGUGUAAUUGUAAGAGAUCUGGAUCACACUGAGAACAUUGCAACGAUAACUGCAGGCGGCGUGGGCUCCAGCUUCGCCAACAUUCGACUAAAGAGCGCCAGGGGACACAGCCUUAACUACCAAAUUGAGAUUUACGUGUAAACGCGACCAUAAAUAAAAUAGCUAUACGUUUACAUUACUUUAAUUUAAAGAAAA